CUGCAUGUGAUUGAAGGUCAUCCCGCCUACCCGCCUUCCCAGAGUUCCUUGCUCCAUGUCCUCACAUGUGGAUCCACCAUUUUAGAUGCCCUAGAGCCUGGACCGCACUAAAUGGAGUUUAAUGAAGCGAUUUGUUUCAUCGAAUUGUCGGCGAUAUUCAGAUUCGUUACUUAUCAAAUUUUUCCUGAAAUUCACAACAAAUUCGGAUUUGUCAGACUCGAUUUGCCCAUCCCUAAUUAUAACAAAUCAUUCAUUCACAUUAGGAAAGGCUCAUAAUUGCAAUAGAUGGCGUCAUAAUAGGUUCAGUAUUGAAGUGCUACCUACUUAGCUGUAGUACUAAUAGUUAAUAAUCAUGUUCUCAAUAACAGUUGUGUGUUGUGCUGUUCUUACAAAAUACAGUUGGAUAAACAAACAAAGGUAUGUUUAAGAUCUGCUGCAUUAAGGAAGUCAGUGCGUCACAAGUUACCACUCAGACUUAUUUUCAGUUAGUAUGACAUUCCUUUCUGAAGAAACAUAAUAUUACCGCCUGAUGCAUAAUUAAGAAGGCCAAAGCAAUAUAAAAUGAAGAAAGACAUCCACUGUCUACUAUACUUGGAUUUUUUUAGAGCUAAAAACAAAGAUGUUGUUUCAUGGAUCCCUGCUGCUCACAGUAGUGAUUGGUCUAGUGUCUUGCUUUCCAAAUCCAUUUGGUUUUGCAAAACCUCAACUAGUCCCAGAUCUUCCAAACCCUUUGCUUCCCAAGGUAGAUACAGAGAUACCAAAUGUAUCAGGAGGAAUACUGGAUUACAUUGGACUUACAGGAUUGCUUCGAUUUCUUGGACUGUUAAAAACACCUGUCAUUAAUGCAGGGGACAGCCUUCCUCUACUUGGAGGGAGUGGUGUAUUGGGAUACAAGCAGAGUUUACCAAACUUAGAUAUUCCAGGUGCACCUGCUGUGGGAGGCUCGUCUACUGAUCUGCAAGACCUAAAUCGUCGGAUUAGCAGACUGGAAAGGGUUCUUAAACUUGAAGGAAGAAUCCAAAUGGUAGGCAAUAAAAUGAUUGCCACCAGUGGAAACGAAGCAGACUUUGCAACAUCCAACUCCACAUGUAAUGAUGUUGGAGGACGGAUUGUUACUCCCACAAAUGAAGUGGAGAAUGCUGCUGUCUUGACAUUUGUGAAGAAAUAUAACAGAUAUGCAUACCUGGGAAUGAGAGGAUCUUCAGUACCUGGCAUCUUCAACUAUCUCAAUGGAAUCCCUGCAGUUUACACGCACUGGAGAAAAGGUGAACCAAGUGGAAAAGCAACUGAGGGCUGCAUUGAAAUGUAUACAGAUGGACAGUGGAAUGAUAAAACUUGUAACCAAAAUCGUCUUACUAUCUGCGAGUUUUAAAUCUACAUUAUGCCCUCAUGUAUAUCAUAGAUCAAAUGAUAAAUAGCAGCUAAUAAGUUUCUGCAUGUAUUUAAAAUACAGUAGGAUAAACAAAGUUGUUAUUUUACAAUAAAACUUGCUGCAUCUAUUAAAUGUGACAACACCAUUGCUGUGAUUCAUAAAUAAAGCUCAAAGCAUAUUA